GAUCAGCGUGAAGACUUCAUUGCACUGGUUUCUAUCGCAAAUGAUCAAACGGACUUGAGCGGCUGCGCGCGCUCUCUGCUUGUGUACAGCAGAACACGUUCGCGCGCCGGUCAACGGGAAUGCGCACUGAACCACGCGAGUCUGUCCGCGACGGAAACUACACAAACACAAACCGUGUGCACUCAUACUUUGCUUUGUCGUUAAUUUCCGAGGUACGUUUUCGCUGGAAGGUGACAGGGAGGAUUUUGAGGACGGCAGGUGCUUUAACGCAGUCACAGGAAACUGACCAUCGCCACCUCCUCAUGAUGCAUAUGAACAGCUUAUUAAACCGAUGGAAUGAAAUCUCCAAGAUGUGUGAGGUGGACGAAACUCCAGAACCGGUUAGUCCCUCACUCCUUAGUGAGUCCACGGACACCUACUGCCAGACAGAUUGCUGGCACCCGCUGCGUACCACCGUCCGCAAGCUAGAGUUUUGGGAAGACUUCAGCGCUGAGCUCAUUGGGACUGGCUUCUUCUCCAAGGUUUACAAGGUUAUGCACGGCACUACGAAGAAGGUGAUGGUGGUUAAGAUCUACAAGAACGACGUGGAUCAGAACAGCAUCGUGAGGGAGAUCAGUUUACUUCAGAAACUCUCCCACCCAAACAUAGUGAGGUACCUGGGCAUCUGUGUCAAGGAGAACAAGCUUUACCCAAUUCUCGAGUAUGUUAGCGGAGGCUGUCUGGAGGAGCUGCUGGCCAGAGCUGACGUCAGUCUCUGCUGGAGGGAGAAGAUCGAACUGGGCUGUGAUAUCAGCCGAGGAAUGGCAUAUCUGCACUACAAGAACAUCUACCACAGAGAUCUCAACUCGAAGAACUGUCUGAUCCGCAUGUCGUCACGUGGACAAGAAGCAGUGGUGACUGAUUUUGGUCUGGCCAGAGAGGUGGGGGAUCUGCCUGCUAAUGAUCCUGACCGGAAGCUCUCUCUGGUGGGCUCCGCUUUCUGGAUGGCCCCUGAAAUGCUCAGAGGAGAGCCGUAUGACCGCAAGGUGGAUGUUUUCUCGUUCGGGAUCAUGUUGUGUGAGAUCUUAGCAAGAAUUCCUGCUGAUCCAGAGGUGCUGCCAAGGACAAAGGAUUAUGGGCUGGAUGUGCAGGCCUUCAGAGAGCUGGUGCAGGGCUGUCCAGAGCAGGUUCUAGAACUCUCCGCCAGCUGCUGCCAGAUGGAUUCUUUCCGGAGACCAUCCUUCUCUGAGCUUCUGGACCAGCUGGAGGACAUCGCUGAGACUCUGGAUCCACCAGACAACAACCUGUCUACAGGCUGAGCUCCACAAAUCCCUUCUAAAACAAAGCAAACCCCUGCACUGAAGGACUGAAGCGUCUGCGGCGGUGGACCGUGACUGACACUCUGUUCUCCCACGAGUGCCACAUACAGGAGAACGUCUGGUAAUUGAGGACAAAAGAAAAACAAAACACCCGACUGAAUGUUCGCUCAAUAAGCAGUUCUGGACGGCCUCCUUAUAGCGUGACACUGGACAAGAGGCUGAAUUUGACCUUGUCUGUUUUGUUUGUUUUUUUAUGUCAUGUAGAUAAUAGUGUGAUUCUUUAGGGACCAAUUUUUUCAAUUUUAUUCACAUUAAAAAAAAAGACCAAAUUCAUCACAGACCAAUUCCUGAUUAAUGUAGAUUUCAGGAAACUGCAAGUUUACUUUUUUAUUCGCGGGAAAUAAGUUUAAACCAAACCAGAGAAAUUAAGGUGCCUUUCUGUUUUAGAAAAACGUUUUAAGUUGUUGUUGUUCUCUCUUAACAUUUUUUUCCCAGUGUUAACGUCAAUUCGAUGAAACUUAAAAAUGUCUGGCCCACACUUGUGGUUUGGUUCAUUUGAUUUGGACACAAAUAGAAAAAUCAUACAUGUAGUUAUUUGUUUAAACUGCCUUUUUAAACCUUAUCAUACAAAGCAAACACAUUUAAAAAAGACUUUUAUAAUGUUUAUUUAGCGAAAAAAAAAGUCUUAAACAACACUUAAUGCAGUUGUUGUGUUUGUAAUUGUAUUAUUUAAGACCUAAUGAAGAGAUUAUAUAAUGUGUAGAGUGAAAAGAGCACCACCAGGAGUUACUCAAAUGAACAUUUGCUGCUAGGAAAUACAUUGUGGAACUGUAAUGGGUAACAUAUUGACCAUGACAGGAAAAAAAAAGGUUUAUUUUCUGUAAUAGAUGUUAUCUUUUUGGUCUGAGACCCCUUUUUUCAUCCAUCUUGGUUUGGUCUAUAUACAUGAUCUAUAUUUUAUACUGUUUUAAAAGAACCAAAAUGCUAAGUGUAAACAAACCCUUUAAAUAAUAAAAACCGUAAUUGUAGAGCGUGCACAGAUAGCUGAACAAUCAUACUAAAAUAAGUCGCUAGUAUUUUGGUAAGGGCUGUAGAGUUUUCUCAGGUCGUAUGGGUUUUGAGUAUGUGAAUUCCGUCAUAAUAGUACAUGUUUGUAUAACCCUUUUCUGAUGUUUAACUAGUGUUUCUAAACUAGAAUCUAUAUUGUUUACCGUUUAUAAAACCUCUGAGUCUAUUUGUGUGUGUAUAUACAGUUUGCUCGGUUACGUUCAAAUAUUACUUAUAUUUCUACUGUAGUUUGUUAUUUACACCAAUAAAACAUUGAUUAGUUUUGAA